UCAGAAAAGAAAAGGUUUUUAGUAAAGAAAAGGCAAAAUAAAAUAAAAAAGAUUUACAAAGUGUGCUUCACCAUAAAUGUAAAUGUUUUGUCAGAGUGUGUUGAAGUGAAUGGACACCUUUUAAUGAUGAUUUGACUCAAAUAAGGUUGUAAUGAAUGGGCUGAGCAAGUUGGAAAUGGAACUUGGUUCAGCUUCUUCUAUUUCUACUUCUCCUGACUCUCCUAACAGUUUGAAGUUUGGUCAAAAAAUCUAUUUUGAGCAUGUGGGUGUUGUUGCAGCUCAACCCAAAUCAGCAACUGGUCAGCCCUCUCCAGCCAAGAAAGGAAAGGGUGGUUUGGUUCAAGGUAGGCAACCACCUAAGUGUCAAGUUGAAGGUUGUGAAGCAGAUCUGAGUGAUGUUAAGGCUUACUAUUCUAGGCACAAAGUUUGUGCUACUCACUCUAAGUCUCCUACUGUCAUUGUUGCUGGUCUUGAACAAAGAUUUUGUCAACAGUGUAGCAGGUUCCAUCGGUUGCCAGAAUUUGACCAAGGGAAACGCAGUUGCCGCAGGCGCCUUGCUGGCCAUAAUGAGCGUCGCAGAAAGCCUCCACCUGGAUCUCUCUUGUCUACUCGUUAUGGAAGUCUCUCUUCAUCAAUCUUUGAAAACAGUAGCAGAUCUGGAAGCUUUCUGGUAGACUUCACUGCGUACCCGAAUCUCACUGAAGGUGCAUGGCCAAAUGCUAGAACAUCUGAGCGAGGAUGGGAUAAUCAAACCACUGCGUCAGGGAAGUUUCUACAAUCUCCUUGGCUGAACAGUUCUGAAAAUCCUACAUCCGACCUUGUUCUGCAAGGUUCAGCUGCUGGUAGGACCAGUUAUUCUGGUCCCGGUAUUCCUUCAGGAAACUGCUAUUCCAGUGGUGCUCUCUCUCUUCUGUCAAAUGAGUCCUGGGGCUCAAGGAACCAACCCUCCAGCCUUGGGGUUCACACUGAUGGCGGUGGACAUAACGUUCAACCAUCAGGCCCCCAUGCUGUUCCUAUCAAUCACUACUCAGGCCCUCAAUGGGGAUUCAAAGGAAAUGAAGGUAGUAGCAGUUCACAUAACAUGCCUCCUAAUCUGGGUUUGGGUCAAAUAUCUCACCAUGCUCUCAAUCAAUACUCUGCUGAGACUGGAAUGGCUCAGCACAGUGGAAGACAAUUCAUGGAACUGGAGCACUCCAAGGGUUAUGAUUCUUCUGUUCAGAAUGUGCACUGGACGCUUUGAGAGUCAUCUCCAUCAUAUCUAGUAUCAUGGUUGUAGCAAGACUUUGCUCAAUAAAAUGGUAUCAUUUGUAUGGCUGUCUGUAGACUAAUGUCACUUUUUGAUGCUACUUUUGUGCGACUCUCCUAAGCUUGCUAGAAAACGACUUCCUAUGUGUUUCCUUAUGAAUUGUGUGUACAGUUAA